GAUGUCUAUUUAAGCAGCCGUUCCCGUUCAUUUCGACCAAAAAAUCCCGACAAAAUUAUAAAUAAAUAAGACAUAAAAUAUAGAAAAUAUCACGGGAUGAUAUUUAGUUUCUUCUAAUAAUUUGUUUUGCCCCGGCAAAGUUCGCACUCCACUCCACGCAAAAAUCGAAUUAGAGCGCCGCCAUUCAGCAUUCGAACGAUUUUCAACAAUCAAAAUAGUUAAUAGUUAAAUAGUAACAAAAAAAAUGCAUUCGUGAGUGGAGUUUUUGGCGAAACAGCAGUGGAAGGAGAAACGGAUAACGGCGAAGGGCGUGCAAGGCAGAAGUAACGGUUCCUGGCGGCGUGUGUGCGAGUGUGUGUAAAAAUGUGCUUGGCGGACGACAAAAGAAACGGGAUGCGAUUAUUGCGGGUUCGGAAUUAAAUUCACACGAAUUAAUGCGAGGCGCGUGUUUUUGCGACUUUGGACCUUCGAAAUUUGCAUCGUUGACGAGGCGGAAUAAUGAAUCGAUGACUAUUUGCUGCUGAUACGGCCACAUCUGCCAGCUGUCUUGGGUCUCCUGCGACCGCUCGCCCCCUCUCGCUCGCUCACUCGUCCCGUUAUCCUGUGGAGCCCCGAGCGGCGAGCAACAACAACAACACAAACCCAGACUCCAACCGGAAGGCCUGCGCAGGAGAGAGACAGAGAGAGUGAGAGAGAGAGAGACACUGCGCGAGAGGACUCUCCGCCGGCUGGGGAAGAGGAAGAGGAAAAGGGAAGGAGAGAGCGCAAGGACGAGAGGCGGAAGUGGUGACAUCUGUUUUGCCGCUUUGUCAGCGGAUGCUGCUCCUGCCGCUCCUGCCGAACACGAACGAACGCGCACGAGCACGAACGAACAGGGAGCACAACGUGAACAAGUGUGGAAAUUGGAAUUUUUAUUCAAAACAAUGCCCCUGCUGCAACAGUACGACACUCCUGAUUGCUCCGGUUCUGGUGGCAACAUGCGAGCUCUGAGCGGAGGCUCCACCUCGGAGCUGUUGCAGAAACACUCGAUCAGCUCCUACCUGGAUCACCAUCAGCAGCAGCAACAGCAGCAUCAGCUGCAACUGCAGCACCACCAACAGCAGCAACUGCAACACAAUCUGCUGGACAGAUGCAACGACGAUGGAUUGAUAUCCUUCAUUAACGAUCCAAUCACACUGAACGAUCUACUUGGCCUGUGCGGCGGAGGCAGCAGUUCCAAUGGAGUGGUCGGUAUUGGCCAGAGCCCCUCAACUUUGGUAGGAGGAGGAGGAAGUGGAAGCGGAGGAGCACCAGGAGUUGCAGCAAGCGGUGCUGCAACAACGGGAGUAGGAGGAGCCGGAUCUGGAGGAGCAAUACCACCUGGGCCAGGAGUCGGAUCGGGCCAGGGAGGAGGAGUCGUGGGACCAACCACCGCCACGGGCAACCCAUCCGCCAGCUUCGGUGGCAACGGCAGCGGCAGCGACGUCAAUAAUCUGCUGCUCGCCAGUGCGGCCGCAGCCGCUGCUGCUGCCGCUGCCGCCGGUGAUGGCGUCCAACUGUCCGCCAAUGCGGCGGUCUACGCUCCACUGACGCCCAGCUCGACCCAGUCGUCGGCCUCGCCGGGCACCAAGUCCAGUUUUGACUACUUCCAGUUUGAAAAUGUUGCACAAAGUAACCCACUUAAGGCUUUCCAAAGAACAAACAUCAGCUUCGAUUGCUCUGCACCCUUAUCGCCAAGUACGCCUACAUCUAUUUACAAUCGCUCCUUUCACAGUUCACCUUUAGUCAGCGAUAGCAGUAACUCCUCAAGCGGCAACGGCCUCUCCAUGGACUCGAUCAACAUGCUCUACCACCAGCAGCAGCAGCCCCAGCAGCAAGGAUACACUAACCUAGAGUCUUCCAUGGGCAGCGGUUUGGGACUCAGCCUUGCAAACGCUUCCACGCGCUCAAACUCACCAGAGAGCCAGAACAGCGGCCAGUCGAUGAACGAGCCGAACCUACUAGACAUGAUUAAUCUGCUGUCUGUGAAUAGCAACAAACUAGCCUCCAUGCAGCAGCAGCAGCAGCAACAUCACCACCAACAACAGCAACAGCAUCAGCAGCAACAGCAGCAGCAGCAACAUCAGCUGCAGCAGCAGUACGCCAACCUGAACAGGACCUAUGAGCAGCAGAUGGCCGCCAAUGGAGGUGGCCAACAGCACGGCUUCGAACACAACGGCGUGGGAGUGGCCAGCGGAAGCAACGACAACUGCCUCAGCCAGUACACCCUGGAAAACCUCGCCAGCGUGGACAUGGAGCUGGCCAAACUGCAAAAUCUGCAGCGCAUCAAUACGUUGAAGCUACUGCAGGCCCAAACGCAGCAGAUGCCUCUGAUCAAUCAGCUGUUGCAGAGCUAUGCCGGCAGCACGAUGAGCAGCGUCCCGGGAACCAAUCUCGGUAGCUUGAUGAGUACGGGCGGAGCGUCCAUCGUGUCGGAUAUGACGGGAAACGGUGGUGGCAACGGCACCACCAACGAUGGCCACCUGGAUCGCGUGGCAAAGUUCCAUAGGAGCUCAGCGGCCCUGUGCGAUGCCACCUGCACCUGGAGCGGUCAGCUGCCGCCACGUUCGCACCGUAUGCUCAACUAUUCUCCCAAGGUCUUCCUCGGCGGCAUUCCGUGGGACAUUAGUGAGCAGUCGCUCAUCCAGAUCUUCAAGCCAUUUGGAUCCAUCAAAGUGGAGUGGCCCGGCAAGGAGCAGCAGGCUGCGCAGCCCAAGGGCUAUGUUUACAUCAUCUUUGAAUCGGACAAGCAGGUUAAGGCCUUACUCUCGGCCUGUGUGGUCCAGGUGGAUGACUCGCAAAGUGGCAGUAACUACUUCUUCAAAAUCUCUUCACGCCGCAUCAAGUCCAAGGAUGUUGAGGUCAUUCCCUGGAUAAUUGCCGACUCUAAUUUUGUGCGCUCAAGCUCCCAGAAACUAGACCCCACGAAGACCGUUUUUGUGGGCGCCCUGCACGGCAAACUGACUGCUGAGGGCUUGGGAAAAAUCAUGGACGAUCUUUUCGACGGUGUCCUGUAUGCCGGCAUUGAUACGGACAAGUACAAGUACCCAAUCGGAUCGGGACGAGUGACCUUUAGCAACUUCCGCUCCUACAUGAAAGCUGUCUCUGCCGCCUUCAUCGAGAUAAGGACGACCAAGUUCACCAAGAAGGUGCAGGUGGAUCCGUACCUGGAAGACGCUUUAUGCUCUAUAUGCGGGGUGCAACACGGUCCCUACUAUUGUCGGGAAUUGUCAUGUUUCCGGUACUUCUGCCGCAGCUGCUGGCAAUGGCAGCACAGCUGCGAUAUCGUGAAGAACCACAAGCCCUUGACACGCAACUCCAAGUCGCAGAGCCUGGUUGGCAUCGGACCAUCCUCGUCGACUGUUUCGUUGGCCUCCUCUAGCCACAGCAUCAAUGGCGACAACAAGAUGGGGCACAGCCAGCCACAUCAGCAGCAGCAGAAACAUCAUCAUCAGCUCGACCAGCAGUCGCGGCAGCACAAUCUCAAUCUGAUGGGCAACGCGGGAGCUGCCAAUGCCGCUGCCGCCACAUCGAUGUACACAUUCCAACAGCAUCAGCAGCGACAGCUUCAGAAGCAGCAUUUGCAACAUCGUCAGCAGCAGCAUCAGGCGAUUUAGACUGCUACGGCUUUUAUCCGCACCGUUUUAACGGAUAUUUCCGCACUUUACACAGUGCGGAAUUUUGGACUUUUAGGCAAAGUAGAAGAAAUGGCGCAGACGUUUUCGCAGACAGUUUCUUGCAGCCGAGAUGGAGACCCAGGCUCAUCAUCGUCAUUAUCAUUGUAAACACAGUUUUAUUGAUGUGUAUAUUAGAUCGGUACGAUGUGAAGCUUACACGUUGAAUUUCCUUUAAGGUAAUUAGUGUUAGUCGACUCCCCCACACCGAACACCCUCGAAUCGAAACAAAAGACCCCCCAUUCAUACUAUUUUUUGAUAAUCAUGCUUACAUAUCAGCAUUUGGAGCUGGCAUUCGAAUGCUAAACGAUACAUGAAAUGAGCAAUUUCAUUUACUCAUUACCCCUCAUCAACAUACUACUCAAGUUACUUUUUGGCUAAGAAAGCAGUUAAUAAUUUCUAAUUUGUACAUGUCUAAUUUUAAGCGAACGAAACUGCGCGGCCAAUGGCGGUGAACUGGAUGAGUCUCGUCCAAUUUUCCGCGCAGAGAGGUUAGAAUAACCAUUUUUGUUAUGUUUUGCGCUAUUACUGAGAAAUUUUAUGUAGUUUCUUUUUACAUAGCCAAGCCCCCAGACCCGAGUUAUUAUGAUCAUUUGAUUUGGAUUGUCCGUUAAGCGUUUAUCAGGGAAUUUCAAUUUUUAGGAAAACAUUUUAAAAAUUGUAAAUUCGUUUAACUCACCAGUCCCCCCUUUUUGUUACUCAUUGAAUUGUUACACACCUGAGUUAUUAUUAUAUAUAUAUACUGUUUAGUUUUUUUUUGUUUUGGAUUAGCUCUAAGCAUUAUCCUUGUGAACAUUAACGCGAUGCCUGAUUGAUUGUUGAACUUUGUUUUAAGGAAUUAUCUUUCUUUGGCUUUUUUGGCUGUUCCAGUUUUAGAGCUCAUCGGCAAUAAGGAUAUAAUUUAUGUCUACUUAUUAUUUUUCAUGUAUUUUGAGAAAGGAUCUCUCCAGCGCUUAUCUAUCUAGAAUACACCAAUGUACGCAUAGAAAACUAAUACAUAUUGUACAUUACAAGGCUUUAUAUGAUUUUGUAAACCUACCAAGAAUAGGGAUAAUAACCCAAAACCAAAUUGAUCACUAAAAGAAGAAUAACGAACAUUCACACGUAUAUUCACCAACCAAACAAAUAUACAAAAUUGCUUUUGAA